GGCGUAACUGGUGGCUACCUUAUGUCGUCCUUGAAUUCGAUAAAAACGAAAUCUUAAUUGACGCCAUGGGUGGCGAUCUGUCAAGUCCGGUCUGGAACUACAGGGCAGACUUCGAUGUGUCUCGUACAUCGAACAUAUCCGUUUCUGCCUAUCUACGGACCGCAGCUGCAGUCCAGGGUCAGGAUGACAUGGGUAAUGAUCUCUUGAUUGCUCGAGUAGAUCUCACACCUGUUCUGGAUGGCCAUCAUGCAUCAGAUCAGUGGUAUGGCGCCACUGCCGGCGCGGGCUCUUUCCACUUAAAAAUCGACUUCAAACCCAUUCGAAACGAGUCGCUCACAAUAGAGGCAUUCGAUUUACUCAAGGUGAUCGGUAAAGGAAGUUUUGGCAAAGUGAUGCAAGUUCGCAAGAAGGAUACACAGCGGAUCUAUGCUCUCAAAACAAUUCGCAAAGCGCAUAUCGCAUCACGGCCCGGUGAAAUCACGCAUAUAUUGGCGGAGCGUACUGUCCUGGCGCUGGUGAACAAUCCAUUCAUCGUGCCGCUCAAGUUUUCGUUUCAAAACCCUGACAAACUCUAUCUUGUGAUGUCUUUCGUAAACGGUGGAGAGCUGUUCUAUCAUCUGCAGCGAGAAGGAAAAUUUGAUCAGGAUCGGAGUCGAUUCUAUGCAGCUGAGUUGCUUUGUGCUUUGGAACAUUUACACGGUUUCAAUGUUGUCUAUCGUGACCUUAAACCCGAAAACAUUUUGCUGGAUUACACUGGACACAUAGCUCUUUGUGAUUUCGGUCUUUGCAAACUAAACAUGUCGGAGACGGAAAAAACCAAUACAUUCUGUGGUACUCCAGAGUAUAUCGCUCCAGAACUCCUUGAGAGCCAAGGAUAUACAAAGACCGUUGAUUGGUGGACUCUUGGUGUGCUCCUGUAUGAGAUGAUGACUGGUCUACCACCGUUUUAUGACGAGAACGUCAACACAAUGUACCAGAGGAUUCUGACAGAUCCUCUCAACUUCCCGUCGGAUAUGCCAGCCGAAGCUCGUAGCGUGAUGACAGGAUUGCUGCAGCGUGAUCCUGCCAGGCGGCUUGGUGCUAAUGGUGGCGAGGAGAUCAAACGUCACCCAUUCUUUGCCAAAUACGUUGAUUGGAAUAGGCUUCUAGCCAAGAAGAUCCAGCCUCCGUUUAAGCCCAGUGUGGAAUCUGUGCUUGAUGUGGCCAACUUUGAUCCCGAUUUUACCAAUGAAGAAGCCCAAGAUUCAGUGGUUGAAGACUCCCAUCUCUCCGAAACCGUUCAGGACCAAUUCAAAGGAUUCACCUACAACCCUGCCAACGAACAUCUCAGCGAGAGUGUUAGCUAUAGCAACAUGGGUUGAAGCUGACUCUUUAGAACCUUCAUCGUCCCUCAUCUCGUCCCUCUCCCCUGCGCUGUGCGUCUGGUGAAAUACCGAAAACCUCCUCUUAGUUCUUUCGAUGUAUCCUCUUCCACGUUUUUGCGCAUAUGCUGUUUACCCUUAUUUUUCACCGGGUUUCAUGCUGUUGGUCUUGUUUGCACCAGUUAGCUAUAGACGUUGUAGCUUACCUGUGUACAGUCUCGUCUGUGUUUUUAAAUGAGCGUGGACAAUUUGUCGACUUUCUUUUACAUACAAAUUUUCGUCCUGACCAGAAACUGUAUCCGUGUUUGUUCGGUUUCGAAUUAUAUAUUCAUCUGUAUACUUGUGUUUUUGCGGCGAAUCAAAGACUCCGUGGGGUUUGUAGCUUUUUGUUGUUAGUGGAUAGUAGAACAUAGUCUGGCUGAACUUCAGGGAACGCACUAUACCUUGAAAAAAAAAUCAAGCAAUUGUUUUCCUGCGGACGU